ACCGGCUUGCCACCAUUCAAGAGAAAUGGCUGCUUUCUUUAUUACAAUAUAUUAGCAACAAAGCUACAGCAAGUAAUGUUUUCAAAGGGUAGAACUGUGGUAUUGAGACCAGUAGUGGCACAGUUUAGUGGUGUAAAGUAAUAUAAACCUAAAUGUUGUGUCGCAAUUUCCGUGAGUUUUGCUGUGAGCCACCUGUAUGCCGGCUAGCGAGUAGCUGCAAAGCCGAGACGUCGCUGAGCCCAUCUUCCAGCGCUGCUACGGUCUGUUAAUGGUACACCGAAUCUCGAAACAGAUACGAACCGUGUGUUUUGUUUUAGCUGAAGUUAGUAAAUCAGGUAACCCAGGGCCUAAAUGCCAGAACAAGGCCCCAGGAUGAAUGGGUUUUCUAUUGGUGAGCUGUGCUGGCUGUUCUGCUGUCCACCCUGUCCGAGUCGCAUCGCGGCCAAACUAGCUUUCCUUCCACCGGAGCCCACGUAUUCCUUGCACACCGACGCUAACGGGGUGACUAGCUUACAUUUAACCGAACGGGCGGACUGGCAGUACUCUCAGCGAGAGCUCGAUGCAGUGGAAGUGUUCACCACUAGAAGCAGCCGGGGUAACCGGGUAGCAUGCAUGUUUGUGCGCUGCGCUCCGAACAGUCGCUACACGCUGCUGUUUUCCCACGGUAACGCUGUGGACCUGGGACAGAUGUGCAGUUUUUACAUCGGCCUGGGCUCCAGGAUAAACUGCAACGUGUUCUCCUACGACUAUUCAGGCUACGGAGUCAGCACCGGCAAGCCUUCCGAGAAGAACCUGUAUGCGGACAUCGAGGCGGCCUGGCAGAUGCUGAGGAACAAGUAUGGUGUAACUCCUGAGAAUAUCAUCUUGUAUGGUCAGAGCAUCGGCACGGUGCCCACCAUUGAUCUGGCUGCUCGCUAUGAAUGUGCUGCCGUCAUCCUACACUCACCACUAAUGUCGGGUUUACGGGUGGCCUUCCCUGACACACGCAAGACUUACUGCUUCGAUGCCUUUCCCAGUAUCGACAAGGUGUCCAAGGUGGCGUCCCCGGUGCUUGUAAUCCAUGGCACAGAGGACGAGGUCAUUGACUUCUCCCAUGGCUUGGCGAUGUAUGAGCGCUGUCCCCGUGCAGUUGAGCCUCUUUGGGUGGAGGGAGCUGGCCACAAUGACAUUGAGCUAUAUGCUCAGUACCUGGAGAGGCUCAAACAGUUCAUCUCUUUCGAGCUUUCCACUUCUUGAGGACCUUGGAAUUCGGGUCCGGGUUCAUUUCAAGACACUCAAGAAUUAUCCUCAUCAUUUCCUCUGGAGGGACACAACAGGAGUAAAAUGAUGACACCAUCAAUGGUUAGCCCAAAUAUGGAGUUCUUGAAGACCUGGCUGGUGCUCCUACAAGACACAAGAACCUGCUUUGCUAAUGAGCCCGGGCCUUGACAGUGUUUCUAACUGCUGCUCAGUCUUGAUUCAUUAUCCACUCCAAAUCUCUGCUUCCUUCCCACUCUCUACUUAAUCUGUCUCCCCUAUGUCAUGUAUGUCAGUCUUUCACUGUGAACUUCUGUUGCUCACACUUUCAUAUCCUUCAUUCUGUUUGGUCCACAAUUCCCCUUUUUUCUUUUGACUGAGUAUUUGCAAUGUUGAGUUUUGUAUUCUUUUAUACAAGGUAAAGAAGUAUCAGUUUUGCCUUGCACCUCAAGAUACUGUGGAUGAAGAUUUUCCUUUUUCAUUUCUUUAACUUUACGUUACCAUUCAGGGUUGAUUACAGGGUUGCACUGUAAUGUUGCAUUUUGUUAGCUGACAUUCCAUUAUGUUUUUGUUUUUAUUUGAAGUAAAACUGUGAUAUUUUUUUUAUUUUUUAUUUUUUGCUGGCCAGACUGCAUCCCAGCUUGUUUAGGCUCUGUACUCUCUGUAGUGUUGAUGCACGCUGCUCUCUCAUGUAGGGAGAUGAUGAUGGCAAACUUCAACUGGCACAUUACACAUCUACAGCACUUUUGCUCCUUUAGAUGUUGUACAAAUUUCAAGCAGAGAGGUUUGAACCAUAACUGCUGGAAAUAUAUUGUGGUGAGAGGAUCAUGUACACCAGCUGGCCUCACCAGUUAAUCAUUGAUCAUCUCAUCACAAUGCAGUGUUUUACUGGGAAACCUUUGGUCCUGCAAUACAUAUUUUACCUUGAGACAUGGCAAAAGCUCACCAUGGCAGUGGCACUCCCCGAUCACUACAGCCUCCGGUUACACAGAAAAGUGUGUGUGUUAUUUGUAAAAUGGAACUGGUUAUAAUGACUUGGUCAGUCACAGUCAGCUGGUCUCCGUGGAUAUUACAUAAGGAUUGUGGGCAGCAAAUUAAAGAUGUGGCAUCAUUUUGUUAGGCUCUUUGAUAACUCAUAGAAGGUUGCAACCAAACAUGGCUUAAUUUUUGAAAUCCAUUUGUAGCCUAACCAUAGCAUUUAGCCUCAACCUUAAAUAUCGAUAGUCUUCCUGCUGUUUGUUGCAACACAUUCAACAUUUGCUAGUGUUUUUAACAGCUGUCUUAGUAUGUGUGUGCACUUACAAAAUUCACAUUUGUAAAUUUUGUAAUCACAGUUGUUUCCCUGUAAUCUUACACACUCCUAAUUUUACUUGUGACAUUCUAUGUUUCUCAGGAAACUGAAUAAUCUUUUGAGUCUUUUUUGAAACACAAAAUCCAGAAUAUAUAACACUUAGGUCACUAAUGGUUUGAUGUAAAAACAACUCAUUGACUAGGAAAAUGUUUGGUCAGGAACAUCCCUAAUGAUAACUGUUUAAGCACAGUCUAAUAUUCGGGGUGAUUUCAUUUAUGUAUAAGGAGUACAUGAGUGCUCCUGCUGCUUAAAAUUAUCCAAAUUUCAUGUUGAGGAUCAACACUGAGUUUUCUCACCCAAACAGAGACACUCAGGGUCAAGUUCUACUUGUUCUAGCCGUCCAGCGGUGAAGAUUCAGUGCAAGCCAACAGGACAGUGCAUUUUGCUUCUCACACCACACAGGAAACACAAACAUCUAUUUUGGCCCAAACAGUCCUACUUGCCAGAUUUGGCCUGGAACAUGAAAGUCAGAUGGUCAGAGUAAGACUAUCGGGGAGCAAUCUAAGUACUAGGAGCUCCAGGAGGUUUGCUGCACAAAGAAAAGAGAACUGUCAGAAAUUUUGAUUGCACCUGGUACGUAUCGAAAAUUCUCAUUGUCAUCUCAUAUGCAGCACUCUCACACCAUGUGUGCACCUUGGCCUUUAAGCAACACAAAAGGGAAACAUCCCAAAUAGGAAAACCUACCUCUGUGGAAGAGAGAGCAGCGGGUAUCAGAGCUGUGUUAACUGUAGAUUGGCUGGUAAGACAGCUGAUUCACAUGAAAACAAGUCUUGCAAGCUGCCAGGCAGCAUAGUGGGUUUGCUUGCCGUCUGAAGACACUGAAUUCUGAUGUGUUUAGGUUAUUCAAAGUGAACAUACAUUUACUGGUUUGGGGGUUGGGCUUAAUUAUCUGUGAUUCCUCACUAAGAACAAAGCCUUAUGUUUGUAUUUCAGUCAGACAUUCCUGUGAACUGCAAGAAACUUGUGGUCUUCAGGGGGACUGACUGCUGCUAUUUAUCGCAGGAAUCAAUCACUGUGAAAGCCAGACAGUUUGGGGAAUACUGAAAUGAGAGCAAGGUACAAAAAUCAACUUCAGCCCGACUAGUAAUCCUCUGACUCGUGUUCCUGCCUGUAGAAUGAUAGAAAUCGGCCUACAAAGCAGGUGUCUGCUGAAGCCUUUGAUAAUUUUAACUUUGAAAGACAUGACAAAACCACAAAGGGGAAAUGGAAUGCUGUGAAAAUGACCGACGCAUGCAUAUGAUCACUCCUGGUUUUGGAUGUUGCAUCAGUUGUGUUUGAAUAAUUUAUUUUUUGUUGCCUGCAAGUGGACAAAAAAAAUGAAGCUAUAUGACACUAAGAUCAGAUUUAAAAACAAAACAAAAAAACAACCUAACACUUUGAAGUAAAUACUAAAUCUUUUCAGGAUUGUGUUUGGGGAAUAUUUGCAUAGCAACUUGUAAUGAUGAUUUGGUGCACUGCUGUAAUUUGUCAGUUGGGUAUUCGUGUUUUCUGAUCAUAGCUAAUGUUGGACUUUUGAGUAAAAAGUCCUCAAUCAUCUCCAGUAUAUUUCCUUUAGUUUCUCUUCUAAAAGUAAAUGAAGAUCCUCUUAGGACCCGAUUCUUCUUUUGAUACUGACAUUUUUACACAUUUGUCCAAUCUAAAUGUUGAAAGAUUUACACCGUUUCUGAAAAUGGUUUGUACAAUAAUCCUCUGUAAUGGUAUACUUCAGUACUCAGUACAUAUUAGGCCUUUCAUAAGGCUGGCUAGUUUUUAUUGAUUUUAAUAUGCAAAUGAAAGACAGCUAGUAGAAUCGUAUAUUGAUCAUGGUGUGUAAAACAAUGAAAUAAGCCUUAAAUAUGCUGUGAAAUGGAUACAUCAUACAUGUAGUGGUUGCAAGAAGCAGCACAAUGGAUGUUUCAUUGGUUAUAGUGGAAUAAAGGACACGUGGAAUUGUA